AUGACGAAAAACGACAGAUAUCUUGGCACACAACUCUUCUUUGAUAAGAAUAGGAAAGCUAACUUCGAACCGCUUCUUCAAAAAUAUUACUCUACUCUGCAAGGCUGGAAAUCAAAACUCCUAUCCCAAGCAGGAAGAACAUUUCUAAUUAAAUCUAUACUUCAAGCUUUCCCGACGUACCAGAUGCAGGUGCUUGCACUUCCGAAAGAAACCCUGAAUCAGUUGGAUCGUAUUCAAAGAAAUUUCUGGUGGAAUAAAGAGGGUCAAAAAAGACAAGGAGGAUUCAUUAGAGCUUGGAAGUACAUUUGUCAGCCCAUUGCUCAAGGAGGAUUAGGGAUAAAGAAUCCUCAUCAAUUUAAUAUAACUCUUCUUACCAAAUUAGCCAGCAGAUUAAUAAUAGAAAAAUAUAAACUAUGGGCAAAAAUUAUCAAGGCAAAAUAUUUCCCAAACUCCCAUCCUCUAGAAGCUUCUAAAAGUUCCAACUUAUCAUGGAUUUGGACAAGCAGCCGAAAAGGCCUAGAUUUAAUUAAAGGAAACUUUAUCUGGCAAGUGAAAAAUGGAAACUCAGUUAAAAUAUGGGAAGAUAGAUGGAUUCCAAAUUCGGAUAUACCAUCUCAACCCCAAGAUUCUCAGGGAACAGCCCCAACAACAGUCCAAGAGCUUAUUACUGAAGAUAAUACAUGGGACCAAGAAAAACUGAACAGUUACAUUAAUCCGGAAGUGAGAAAUAAAAUCCAAGCGAUAUCUCCAAAUAAAGAAGAAUAA